AUGGCCGCUUUGAACAAAAACCUCAGGGACGCAUUCAAGUCGGAGCGUCUGGUGUACAAAGCACUUGAAGAUUCCAAGGAUGACCAAGCUUUUUUCCUCCAAGUGGUCAGUGACCCAGUGCAUCAAUCCCUAGCGCGCACGCAUCCACGAAUGCCUGCAGGGCACAAAAAGGCGGACGAAAUGAUAAAGAUACUUCUUGGGGGAAUAAUGAGCGUAAAGAUCUGUCUUUCGCCCACAGAAAGUCGGAGAUUCAAGGAAAAGUCCGCGGAACCACACGGCAAGACAGACGGGACCGCCAAAGAAGAAGGGCAAGAAGAAGUUUUAAUACCCAUUGGCUUCGUCACCAUCCUCAACCGUCACGAACACAGCGUAUAUGUAGCCCAGCACCGCAACGCAACGCUGGGCAUAUCACUAGUAGAGGAAUUCCGCGGCAAAGGGUAUGGCGGCGAAGCGAUAAACUGGGCUCUGGACUGGGCUUUCUUCGCUGCUGGGCUUCAUCGAGUCAGUUUGGAAUGUUUCUCGUUUAACACCAACGCCUAUAAAUUGUACAAAAAGCUUGGCUUUGUGGAGGAAGGACGUCAGAGAGAGGUGAUGUACUAUGAGAGGGGUUGGCAUGACGCUAUCUUGUUUUCCAUGCUGGAGCAGGAGUGGGAGAAGUUGAGAGAUUUGAAAUAA